AUGAUAAUUUUUCAUUACAAGUUUUUUUUUCUCUCUCUCUCUCUCUUUCUCUUUCUCUUUCUAACAGAUUUAAAAACGGAAAUCAAAAUCGGUGACGUCGUUAAAAAAAUUCAACCGGCGAAAAAACCGCAGUACUGUCCACAUAAAUAUCUAUCCAUGGGCGAACUCAAUCAAAACACGUUAAAACAUUUACGAUGGAUGCUACAGAAAGACAUAUUGAAACAAGAUGUUUUCCUAAUCGGUCACCCGAGUCCGGCGAAACGACGGUUGGCAAUGAUUUUCCUCGAAAUGACCGGAAGAGAAUUCGAAUACGUCGCAUUGACUAGAGACACGACGGAAGCGGAUUUAAAACAGAGGAGAGAAAUACUCGGAGGAACUGCUAAAUAUUUCGAUCAGAGCGCAGUAAGAGCCGCUUUGGAAGGACGAGUACUCAUAUUGGAGGGCAUUGAAAAAGCGGAAAGAAACGUACUUCCGGUUUUGAAUAAUCUAUUGGAAAAUCGUGAAAUGCAUUUGGAAGACGGGAGAUUUUUAAUACCCGGAACGAGAUACGAUAAAUUAUUACAAGUUCAUACGAAAGAAGAACUCGACAGGUGGAAAUUGGUUAGAGUGAGCGACGAUUUUCGAGUUAUCGCCAUCGGUCUACCUGUACCUAAAUACGUUGGGAAUCCUUUGGAUCCGCCAUUACGAUCGAGAUUUCAAGCGAGAAGCAUAAAUCCUUAUAGUUAUCAGGAAGUUGCGUCAACGUUUAAGGAAAUAGUACCGAACGGAGAUUUUGAUAAAAUUAAUAAAUUCCUAUCGUGUGCCUACGCAUUGUCAUCGGACGAAUCCGCUAGUUUGGGACUUCCGGAUUUUCCCAUCGACAACAUACCGAAAAUUGCUGCCCUCCUUGGAAAAUUUCCAAGCGCUCGAGUUUUCGAUUUGUUCAAUCGAUUGUACCCAUACGAAUCUUUUUUGCAAAAAGAAGGUAGAGAAGGAGUCGAACACGUUUUGAAAUCGUUUCAAGUGAAGAAAAAUCGAAUCGCGACGUCGGAAAAUUCAUUACUCGAAGUCAAAUUUUCAUCGGAUGACGAUUCGGUAGCCACGUGUUCCGUCUUCCUAAAUUCAACUAAUUUAAACGUUAAGGUACCGUGCGGUUCGUUACCGACGACGAGUCACGUUUCAUCGUUCAAAUACAUUCCGACAAACUAUCAGGAAAAUCUCGUCGUAGAAUUAUUACAAAGUCAUUCGGUAUCGGAUUUUUGUCUCGUGGGACCCAAAGGAUGUGGGAAAAGUGCGACGGUUCUCAGGUUGGCAAACCUGUUAAAUUACGAAGUCGAAUCUAUCGUUUUGUACCAGGACAUAACGUCGAGAGAUUUGAUGCAGCAAAGGACCACUCGUCCGAACGGCGACACGAUUUGGAACGAUUCUCCUUUGAUACGAGCCGCAUUGGAUGGAAAAUUAGCCAUAUUGGAUGGCAUCGAUAGAGUUCAUCCGAGCACGUUGUCCGUCAUACACAGUUUGGUCCACGACAGAGACGUUCAAUUGUACGACGGUAAAAGACUCGUUCGACACGAUCGCUACGAGGAAAUUAAAAAAUUACACGAUUUGACCGACGAGGAAAUGACGAAUUCGUCGAAAAUAUUCAAAAUUCAUCCUUCGUUUAGAAUCGUCGGACUUGCGGAAAUGACGUCACAAAAAGGAGUUUCGGUAAACAACAAAUGGCUUUCGCCUGAAAUGUUAUCAUUAUUCAUGUUUCACGAAAUGAGACCUUUGUCGACGAAAGAAGAAAGACGCAUAAUAGAAAAACUUUACACGAGUUCCAUAAACGAAAAAGUCGAAAAAGUCAUAAAUUUAGCUCUUUCGUUGAGAGAAUCGAGCGAUCCGACGUUGGCAUCACUGAGUUCAUCUUUUUCCACGAGACAACUUUUGAGAAUGUCUAAAAGAUUAUUGUCUUAUCCGGAGGAUUCGUUAUACAACACCGUUCAGAAAGCUUGUUUGGCAAGGUUUUUACCACCGAUAACAAAAGAAGCCUUCGAUAACAAAUUGAAAAGCGAAGGGAUAACGGCGGAUUCGGACGACGAAUACGGUGGGCACGAGGAAAUAUCUUGCCGAGUAAACGAUCGAACUGUGAAAAUCGGAAAAACGGAAGUCGAACGUUACGUCACCAAUUCAAAAUCUAAAAUCCCCGACAUAUUAUUUUUCGAUAUUCCGCAACAUUUGAAAUUGCUCGAAUGGUUGAUUCAAGAUUUCACGUUGGGUGAACAUUUACUCUUGGUCGGAAAUCAGGGCGUGGGAAAAAAUAAAAUAACCGACAGAUUGUUGCAAUUGUUAAACAGGCCACGGGAAUACAUACAACUUCACAGAGACACGACCGUACAAACUUUAACCCUUCAACCCACGGUCAAAGACGGAAUCGUUUCCUACGAGGAUUCACCUCUGGUGCAAGCCGUUAAAACGGGUCACGUUUUAGUGGUCGACGAAGCCGAUAAAGCUCCCACUCACGUCACGUGCAUUUUAAAAACUUUGGUCGAACGGGGAGAAAUGACUCUGUCGGACGGUAGAAAAAUAAUCCCAUACGGCGACGGUAGAAAAAAUAAUUCGAACGUCAUCGAACUUCAUCCCGAUUUCCGAAUGAUCGUUUUAGCCAACAGACCGGGAUUUCCAUUUUUGGGAAAUGAUUUUUUUAGCUCUUUAGGGGAUUUGUUCAGUUGUCACAUCGUCGAUAAUCCGAGCGUCGAAUCCGAAAUUGCUUUAUUGAAACAAUACGGUCCGGACGUUCCGGAAAAUACGAUUGUGAAAUUAGUCAAAGCUUUUGGAGAAUUGAGGGAUUUGGCGGAUAAGGGUUGCGUUCAGUAUCCUUAUUCGACGAGGGAAGUUGUCAACGUGGUUAAACACAUGCAGAAUUUUAGCAACGAAGGAAUCAGCGACGUCGUUAAAAACGUUUUCGAUUUCGAUAAAUAUUCUUCCAACACUUUAGAAACGAUCGUGCCAAUAUUACAAAAACAUGGGAUUCCCGUUAACGUCACGACUAAAAAUGUUUCUAUGGCAAAAGAAUUUUCAUUACCAAAACUUUCGAGUUAUGGAACGUGGAAAGUUUCGAAUGGAAGAGACUCGACCUUCGAAAAUCAAAUUUCCGUCGAAAUGACCAACGUGAAAAUUUCAGGGAAAAAAACGUUACCGAAUUUACGAUCUCAAGUCGACGCCGUCACUCAAGUCAGAGGAUCCUUUUUUAACGAAAUGCAUUCUUACGCGACUCUACCUUUAACCCCCGGGAACGUUGCUUUGGCUAUUGCCACGACAAACGAUUCGUCAUCGGAAAAUUGUUUGAUAAACGUUUUGACUUUAAAUCCUUUUCGAUUACACGUCACGUGCCUCGAAUCACCGGAAGUCAAAAUUUUAGCCAUGGAUUCUUUGGUACCGAAAAUCGACUACGGUUCAAAGUAUAAAUUCAAUUUGGUACCCCUGAGUAAACAUUUAACCGAUAAUUUACUCGUACACGAAGAAAAUUCCAAUUUUUUACUCAUGGUGAACGCUUUUGAAAAUUCGGUUCGUCACGUCAGUUUAUCGUCGUCAAUGUCGGACAAGUUAUUAAAUGCGUUCGGUAAACGACGUUCGGUCGGAAAAUGGAAAUUAAACGAUCAACUAUCCGAAAAUAACACGUUGAUAUUGCAUUUGCACCGACAGGGCCUGAUUCAAGUUUUGGAUUUGAAUAAAAUGACCGUUUACACUAUGGAAUUACCAUUGGAAAUCAAAUCAAUUCACGUUGCGUCGAACGAUACGUGGUUGUUGCAAGAUACCGAACACAAAAAAUUUUUACUCAAGAAAAAAAAUUCAAAUGAUCCGAUACCGUCCGUAUUCGGUAAAAUUCACGAAACCGUUACGACGUCAGAAUUUAAAUUUGGCGCCAUAAAAAAUUGUCUCGAUUACGAUUUGGAUGAAGAAACGCUAAGUGCAAUAAUGAGACGUAAAAUAAACGCACCCAACAGAUUAUUAUUGACCGACGAAUGUUACGGUUCCCUAGUUUUGGGAUUUCCAGAUUUGGAAAGUUCGGAAAAUGAAGUUUUUUGUUGGCACAGGCCGAAAUACGCACGAGACUACGGAUGGAGUGGAUUAUUUGGAAAAUCAAUUUUCGUAAAAGAAAAUUUUCAGAUCGUGACUCCCAUUAAUAAAAUAUUAGCACCGGAAGAAGUUCAAAAGGAAACGGGGGGUUCCUCAUGUUUGGGAUUUUUGGAAGUUGUGGAUUUAAAACGUUCCAAAGUGCAAUACCUUCCAGUUCCAGAAGGAACGGAAACGUCGUGGUACGUCGAUUCUGGAACACUGGGAAUAUUUUUAUCCAAAAUGAAAGAUGACAAAAUCGUUACCGUUGAUUAUGCUGGAAAUUUACGAUUGUGGGAAACGGGUUUCAUGCAACUACAAAGAUCUUUGGACGAUUGGAAAAAAAUGUUGGGAAAAGGAAGCGACGAAUCAUUACAACUCACGAUCAAAAGAGACAGCGGAGCCGAAGUAUCGAAUCCCAAACACGGUAAAGUAGAUCCGGAUAAUAAACCGCACGUGGGAGGAAACACUUGGGCGGGUGGUACGGGUGGACGGGAUACGGCCGGUUUGGGGGGUAAAGGAGGACCCUACAGAUUGGAUGCGGGUCACGAUGUUCACCAGAUAUCCGACGAGGAAAAGAACGACGUGCCUGAAGAAGUUAAGAGAGCCGCUCGCGAAAUGGGUCAAAAAGCAUUUCGACAACGUUUGAAAGAAAUCAAAAUGAGCGAAUACGAUCACGAAAUGUAUCAGAGUUACUCGGUACCCGUGUCGAACCAAGUGAAAAUGUUACGGAUCGUCAUUGGUAACGUUCAAGCGAAAGCAAAAGAAAGAGAAUGGGUACGUCAUCAAACGUCGGGAGAUUUAGACGAUUUGAAAUUGAUCGAAGGUUUAACGGGAGAGAAAACGAUUUACCGUCGAAGAAUAAAAAAAGAACCGGAAUUGGGUGCGCCGCAAACGAAACCCAAGAGAUUGAAAUUAGUCGCUGACGUGUCGGGUAGCAUGUACAGGUUCAACGGUUACGACGGACGUUUAAAUCGAAUGCUCGAAGCGAGCGUUUUAGUCAUGGAAGCUUUUCAUAAUCAAGAAUCGAAAUUUAAAUACGACAUAACGGGUCAUUCGGGAGACGGGUAUAACAUACCGUUCGUCGAAUCGGAAAAUCCACCGAAAAACAAUAAAGAACGUCUCGAAGUGAUAAAGACGAUGCACGCUCAUUCCCAAUUUUGCAUGUCCGGAGAUCACACGCUUCCUGCCACUCUCCACGCGAUCGAAACUCUUUCGAAAGAAGAUUCAGACGAAUCCAUAGUCAUUGUUUUAUCCGAUGCCAACCUGGAACGCUACGGAAUUCGUCCUUCGAGUUUCGGACGAGUUUUAACGUCGAAUCCGGACGUGAACGCUUAUGCCAUACUCAUAGGAUCCCUCGGGGAUCAAGCGACCAGGUUGGCAAGCACUCUUCCCGCCGGACGUGCAUUCGUUUGUAUGGAUCUGAAAAACAUUCCGCAAAUAAUGCAACAAAUAUUUACGACGUCCGUAUUGUCUUCUGCUUAA